AUGUUAGCUUCUGAAAUUGGUUCAACAAAUGCAGACCCAGUUAAUGUCAGAAUAUCCAGUGAGAAAGCUCCACUGAUUCAUGGCAAUGGAGUUUUUUCUAGAUUGAGCAAUUUCUUUAAAUUUGGAAAGACAUCAUCUUCUGAAAGUGAUGGAUAUGUCGAGUUUGGCAGUCUCGGUGUUGAGAGUGGACGUACAUUGGGAACAUUUGCAGGUGUUUUCAGUCCUGUUACACUGUCAAUGUUCAGUGCCUUAGUUUUCAUACGAAUGGGAUAUAUUGUUGGAAAUGCAGGUUUACUAGUGACUCUCACACAAUUUAUAAUUGCCUAUGGAAUUUUGGUAUUUACUGUCGCAUCAGUUUGUGCCAUCUCAACAAAUGGAGCAGUUGAGGGAGGUGGUGCUUAUUUUAUGAUCAGUCGUACCCUGGGACCUGAAUUUGGAGGAUCUAUUGGAACAUUAUUCUUUAUGGCCAACAUUGUAUCAAGUGCUUUAUGCAUAUCUGGCUGUGCCGAAGGAUUAGUGGAAAAUUUUGGCCCUUCGGGUUACUUAACUGGUACCAACGCACUUAUCCCAGAUGGAAGUUGGUGGAGAUUUUUAUAUUGUUCCGUAUUAAAUACCGCAAAUCUUCUGGUAUGCCUGAUCGGUGCUGCAAUGUUUGCAAAGACCAGCGUUGCUAUUUUGGCAAUUGUUUGCAUUUGUCUUGGAAGUGUGAUUAUCAGUUUUUUAGUACAAGGACAUAUGGAGGUAUUGAUACCCGUGGCUAACAAGUUGGUACAAAAUGAUACGCAUCGUGUUAAUGGGACAUAUACUGGUUUACUGGCAUCAACUUUGGCAGAAAACUUGUAUGCCAAUUAUACCGCAGAUUAUUCAAGUGAUGGAAGAAUGACAGAUUUUGCAAGUGUUUUUGGAGUACUGUUCAGCGGUGUGACUGGCAUUAUGGCUGGAGCAAAUAUGAGUGGCGAAUUAAAAAAUCCAGGACAAAACAUACCUCGUGGUACAUUGUCAGCUGUAUUGUUCACCUUUAUCUGCUAUAUUGUACUGUCCGUACUUACUGCCGCAACAACAAGCCGAUUUUUAUUGCAAAAUAAUUUCAUGUACAUGAUGCCAAUUAAUAUCUGGCCGCCAUUCGUAGCUGUUGGUCUUUUGACAGCAACAUUCAGCGCUGGUUUAAGUAAUUUGAUUGGAUCUAGCAGAGUGUUAGAAGCUUUAGCUAAAGAUAAUGUCUUUGGAUCUGGCUUGAAUUUCAUAACACAUGGAACUUGGCGUGGCAAUCCCGUUGCCGCUGUAUUUACGUCUUGGAGUCUUGUACAAGUAAUUUUACUAAUUGGAUCUCUGAACACCAUAGCUCAAAUUAACACUGUACUAUUUCUAUUAAGCUAUUUGGCUACAAAUCUUGCUUGCCUCGGCCUGGAAUUAGCAAGCGCACCGAACUUUAGGCCAACAUUCAAUUAUUUCACUUGGCACACGGCAACCAUUGGCCUUCUUGGGACACUCGUAAUGAUGUUCACCACAAACAGCAUUUAUGCUUCCAGCAGCAUAAUUCUGUGUCUAAUACUUGUUAUCGUAUUGCAUUUAUUCUCACCAAGCAAGAAUGCACCAUGGGGUAGCAUAUCCCAAGCCUUGAUAUUCCAUCAGGUUCGAAAGUAUCUUCUUAUGUUAGACUCGAGAAAGGAUCACGUAAAGUUUUGGAGGCCGCAGAUGCUCCUUAUGGUCUCAUCGCCAAGAUCGAUGUGUCCACUGAUUCAUUUUGUUAAUGACUUAAAGAAGGGAGGACUUUACGUCAUUGGUCAUGUUAAGGUUGGCGAAUUUUCUGGACAGAGUACUGAUCCAACAAUGGAUGAGUAUCCCCAUUGGUUGAGUCUCGUUGAUCAUAUGAAAGUUAAGGCGUUUGUUGAACUAACAAUGACAAAAACCGUACGAGAGGGCUUACAUCAUUUGAUAAGAUUGUCUGGUAUGGGUGCUAUGAAACCAAAUACUAUAAUUCUUGGAUUUUAUGAUGAGGAGACGCCAAAUAAUUUCUUUGAGAACUCGCAAUAUGCUACCAAUAUAUUUGACAAUAUUACGACAUCUGCUAAUGGUCCUGUGUUCCCAUUGAGAGAACCAGGUACUCAGAAAUCACUUGAUCCUCUUCAAUAUGUCCGAAUGUGCUUGGAUGUUCUUCGAAUGAAAAAGAAUUUGUGUGUAUGCAGAAACUUCCACUUGCUUGACAAGUCACGUAUAACGAAAAACUCAAACUUGAAGUACAUCGAUGUUUGGCCUGUGAACUUUUUCCAACCAUCCGAUCAAGAUCCUUUCGAUACAACAUCACUUUUUAUGCUUCAACUAGCAUGUAUUAUUAAUAUGGUUCCGGUCUGGAAGAACUUACACCUCAGAGUCUUCCACUGUGAAAUUGCUAGUGUUGAAGUAUCUUCAAACUUAAACAUUGCAGAGUCGAAUAAUUUACCCAAUGAAUUUAUGAAGAUGUCAAAUGAACACAGAAUAAGAAAAUUGUUGAAUAUGUUAAGGAUUUCUGCUUCGAUUGAGAAAAUUGAGAAUUUCGAAACACAGAUCGGUGGAUUAAAAGGUAGACCUUUGAUCGAAGCAAAGCCAGAGAGUUAUUAUGAAUCCAGCACAGAUCCAAUUGAUGAUGAAGUUAGUAAUGCAUCCAGAGCUUACGUAUUGAGCGUUAACCAACUCAUUCGCAAUCACUCCUCUCAGACAGCAGCUGUUUUUAUAUAUUUGCCAGCGCCACCAGUUGCCAAUGCUUGGGCAGAGGACACAUUGCAUAUGCAGUAUCUGCAGUUGUUGACGGAAUUAACAGUUGACUUACCACCAACUGUACUGGUGCAUGGGGUGAGCGCUGUCACUUCAACAACAUUAUAACGACUGUAGUAAUUAAGAGUUCAAAACGCAAGUGGCUUAUCUCCAUAUGUAAUGCAAUAAGAGAAAAGAUAAUUUUAUAUUUCAAUUUUGUCCAUGAGGUUAACGGAAAGAGAUUUUGGAGAAAAAAUGAAAAGCAAUUAUUAGCCCAAGUUUAUUACAGAAUAAAAUAAUGCAAAAUGUGUUUCAUAUGCUUUUUAAAUGAUUCAAAACAUUAGUGAGGUAUUCAAAAAAAAAAGAGAAUAAACUAGUCCUAGUGAUGCGGACCAAGACAUUGUAUUACUUUCUUAUAAUUGGCUGUCAAGUAUCUAAUAAUUGUAGUAUCAAUUAGAUAAUUAUAUAAUAUAUAUUUUAAAAUUCUAUUAUAUCUAAUUGUAAAUCGUAUUUAACACUUAUUACAGCUAAUUCCAUAUAAGGCUUGUUGCUGUGAUAUAACAUUUUUCUUUAUUAUUUUGUUUAGUACAACUGUACUGAAAACGUACCACAUGAAUAGUCUAUCGUAACCGUCCAAUGUUCCACGAAAUUUCAUACUAUGUAAAAGCAGUUUCAUACCACAUUGUAUAUCGAAAUAUUUUUUUGAGAAACAGAUGUAUAUCUAUACUAUAAAACAUGCCAACGCACCAGUACUCAGAUAAUAUGUAAUUAUAACAGCAAUCAAUAAUAUUAUUCGUAACUGUACCUUGUGCAUGAUUAAAAAUCGUAUAUUUUCUGUAUAAUUAUGAACUUAUUACUUACGUAUACAACAUCGUUCUCAUUUUUCAUCUAUAUACAAUACUUGUAAGAGCAGUUAAUAAUAUAUAAAUAAACCAUUAGUCUAUUAAA